CGCAGUUGGCGUUACCACGCCCGGUGGUCACGUCGGCGGACGGGGCGGAGACUCUUCCCAGGCGCUUUGUACUUUGUCUCUACGUGGAGGAGACAGUACUGUCAGCGUCUUGUCUGGAAAAAUAAGGCGCACCGACGUUUGACCUUGCCUGUUUGACUGGCCACUUCAGGUCAAUCACAGAAAAUGUCUGGAAAGAUAACAAGAGAGGAGUUGGAGGAAAUGAGGGAAGUCUUCAACAAAAUUGAUCUAGACAGCGAUGGAUCUAUAGAUGAUUUUGAACUCAAUGAACUUCUUAAAGAAGCUGGGCAUGAUCUGCCUGGUUACAUGGUUCGUGAGAUCAUUCAAAAACUUGACCGCAACAAGGACAACAAGAUCAGCUUUGAGGAGUUUCUGUCGAUUGUCCAGGAGCUGAGAGGCAGUGAAAUAGCAAAAACAUUUCGCAAGGCCAUCAACAGGAAAGAAGGGAUCUUGGCUAUUGGUGGAACAUCCGAGCUGUCGAGUGAAGGCACACAACACUCAUUCUCCGAAGAGGAGCGAUUUGCAUUUGUGAACUGGAUCAACACGGCGCUUGAGAAAGAUUCUGACUGCAAACAUGUCUUACCCAUGGAUCCUAACACAGACUCACUUUUCAAAUCCGUUGGAGAUGGUAUCGUUCUCUGUAAGAUGAUCAACUUGUCAGUGCCAGACACAAUUGAUGAGAGAACCAUAAACAAGAAGAAGUUGUCACCGUUUACCAAACAGGAGAAUCUUAACCUGGCUCUAAACUCAGCCUCUGCCAUUGGCUGCCACGUGGUGAACAUUGGAGCUUUUGACCUGAUGGAGGGAAAACCACAUCUUGUGCUGGGCCUGUUGUGGCAGAUCAUUAAGAUUGGUCUGUUUGCUGACAUUGAGCUCAGUAGAAAUGAAGCUCUGGCUGCAUUACUGAGAGAAGGGGAAACCCUGGAAGACCUAAUGAAACUGUCUCCAGAAGAACUGCUCUUGCGCUGGGCAAACUUUCACCUGGAAAAUGCUGGCUGGCAGAAAAUCAAUAACUUCAGCUCUGACAUCAAGGACUCCAAGGCCUAUUUUCACCUGCUAAACCAAAUCUCUCCAAAAGGCACAGACGAUGAUCAACCACGUAUAGACAUCAACAUGGCAGGCUUCAGUGAAAAAGAUUCCUUGAAGAGGGCAGAGGCCAUGCUGCAGCAGGCUGACAGGCUCGGCUGUCGCCAGUUUGUCACCCCAGCUGACGUUGUCAGUGGAAAUCCUAAACUCAACCUUGCUUUUGUGGCCAAUCUCUUUAACAAAUAUCCAGCACUAACUAAACCUGAGAACGAGGACAUUGACUGGGGACUCCUGGAAGGUGAGACGAGAGAAGAGCGGACAUUUAGGAACUGGAUGAACUCUCUGGGAGUAAACCCACAUGUUAAUCAUCUCUAUGGAGACCUGCAGGAUGCCAUUGUCAUCUUUCAGCUUUAUGAAAAGAUCAAAGCCAAGGUUGACUGGAACAAGGUCAACAAGCCACCUUACCCCAAAAUAGGAACAAACAUGAAAAAAUUGGAGAAUUGUUGUUAUGCAGUAAAUCUGGGCAAAUCAGCCAAGUUCUCCCUUGUUGGCAUCGGAGGGCAGGACCUGAAUGAUGGCAACGCUACUUUGACUCUGGCACUUUUGUGGCAGUUAAUGAGAAGAUACACACUGAAUGUCCUGGAGGAGCUGGGGGAUGGACAUAAAGUAAAUGACGACGUUAUUGUGAAAUGGGUGAACAAAACAUUGGCUGAAGCAGGAAAAUCAACCAAGAUAUUAAGCUUUAAGGACAAAGAAAUCGGCAGCAGUCACGCAGUAUUGGAGCUGAUCGACGCAAUCCAGCCUGGAAGCAUUAACUAUGACCUCAUAAAAUAUGGCAGCCUCUCUGGAGAUGACAAGUUGGAAAAUGCCAAGUAUGCCAUUUCCAUGGCAAGAAAGAUUGGAGCCCGUGUCUACGCUCUCCCAGAAGACCUUGUGGAGGUCAAACCCAAAAUGGUGAUGACUGUCUUUGCGUGUUUGAUGGGUCGAGGGAUGAAUCGUGUAUGAGAGACUGGCUGGGGGCUUUGCUACCCUUUUGAAACAUGCCUUCAGAGUCUUCAGAGUUUUAAAAGAGCUUCCCAAAAUGAAGGAAUGAAAAAAUAUAUUGUUGAAUGUAAAUACAGCAGAAUCACAACCAUACUUUUACAUGUGUUUACUGAUGUAUCAUUCUCUUUUUAAACGGACUCCAAACACUUAGACAACACAAGACAACUUGUUACUCAGUAUCCAAACCUCUUAUUAUAUAAGAAGCCUGUUUUUGAGCGAGUUGGCAUGUUAGUAGCUGCAAUGUUGUUUACAUUAUAUAGUCAGAUUUUGAAGAUUUAUCCUUAACAAACACAUUCCGACAAUUUGGUUGGUUAGGCCAAUAAAGUCGCACAAUGCGACAAUUUCACUGACACCUGAAAACGCCUUAACAACUAGCACUACAAACAUACAUAUCUGCCUUGCUGCAUGUGGUGCUUGGAUGCUUGUACAAUACAUUUUCUUGUUUUUUGUGGGAUUAUUGGUGUGGUAAAUGAUAAUGCUGGGAAAUUACCAACAUGUGGCUUAAACUCAUAAGUCCUAUUUACAGGGUAGGCAAGUAUUGUAUAUUGUCAAUAAAAAAAAGAAAAAAGGUAGAAAGAAACAGUGAGGAACCUGGUUUCAAUUUUCAUGUUUUUUAUUAUGAAAUAUAUUGUUACUAUUACUAUACUGUAUAUGCAAAUCCAAUGAGCACAGGAGGUAACAAGCACAAAAAAACCAAAACAGUAAUCUGGGUUUUCUCUAACUUUUUAUUGGUUUUAGUUCUUUUUUUUUAAAUGACUACAAGGAUUUAGAUUUAAGAAAAAGAACACUAACAUACCGUAUAAUACACAGUGACCAAAUAAUGAACCUUAAGCUUUUAACACCUUUAGUGUUAAAUUUUCUUUUUGCUUCUUAGGAUCACCCCUAAUAUUAGGGUUCUUUGAUUGUGUCUUUAUGCUGUAAUCCAUAAUGGCUUCUGCUUUAAAGUGAUAUUGGAACAGAAGUUGAAUGUUUGAAUUCACUGUUACAAAGUCAUCAUUAUGUAAGUAGUAAAAUAAUUUUCAAUAUUUACACACAACCCCAUUAAACCCUGUAAAUAUCUCCCUCCUGUGUAUAGUGCAGGAGUCAAUCACCGUAAAUGCCUGUCAAAUUCGUAUACAUUUUUGGUUCAAAUAAGAACGAGCAGCUAAACAACCACUUUGCCAGUAGAUGUCACCCACGUGCUGAGUUGAUGAAGCUUAAUGUGGUGAACCACUUAGUAAUACAACGGUCCAUAAAAGAUAAUGAUUUUGUGUUUUUUACUUCCUGUGCCCUUUUUAGUUCCCAUUUUUAGGCAGUUAGUCUUUGUUGACAUUAACAUCUCUUCCAUGAUCACGGGCUGCAGAGCAACCGAUGCACACAGUUCAGACACCAUUUAGUCAAUACAGGACAAAGGUACAGUUUAAAUAGUUUAAAAGCAGUUAUAAUUACCCAGUAACAAACUUUUGACACAUUAUGAUGAUUUCCAAAACAUCUAUUUAAUUUAUGAGGGUGUGUGGCUUGAGCAAAGUGCAGCUUUAUUUCCACCAAAUAAGGUGUUCGGUAAUCCAGUGUAUUUUUCUUGUCAAUCAAACAUCAGCUAAGAUGUGGCUUCUGCUCUGCCUUGUUAUUUGAGUGUAUAUAUUCACAUUCCUCAUGUUUGGUUGGUUUAAAAUGGACUGUUUAGGGUGCUUAGUGCACUUCACUUGAAAGGAUAUGAAAAAAAUGCUGCAAAUAUAACACUAAUGUUCACAGUAGAAAUAGACAUUGUCGCUGUUGAGCUACAAUUUCAUUAUCAUGCUUAUCAAAAAUAUCUGACUAAAGUUAUAGUGAGAAAGACCAUGAAAACCAUGAGAAGUACAACGUUAUAGUAAAGAACAUCAGCACCACUGACUUUAGAGAUUUCUGAAUUCUUUUUAAUUUGAAAAGCAACAACAAUGAACUAAUUCUUAAAAAUGACAAACUGGAACAUUGCAGAUUUCUUUUUGUCCAUUUACAUUCAACACUAGCAAAUCUAAACUGUAUCUUCAUUCCAGGUAGUGACAUGAAAUUCAACAACAGUGUUUACAAAAUAUAAUUUUUGGUCUUUAGUUAUGUCUUCUUGUAGGUACUUGACAUGUAAACAAUAAAUCUGAUUUUGAAAACUC